AACGCCGUAGCUCAAGGUUCCUAGGUAACGCUGAUGCAUCAAAUUCAUCAGCCACGACCCAGGCACCAGCAGCCGGACGGCCAUCACCUCGUCUACUACAGCCAUCCAUCUCCACGAUCCUUGAUCCAUUGGAUUCCACCGCUGGAAGCAGCAGCCUAGUCACCGCUCCUACUCUGACAUCCCCUCAACAUGAAGCUGAUGAGGUACCAGUAUCACAGGCUGAGCCCAUGAAUACAGAUUCAGUUGUCAUAGAGGAAGACAGCGAAGAAGAUGAAGCACAAGAGGAAGAAAAUGAAGCAGAAGAAGUAGUCGUUCGUCCUAGGAGGAAGUUGACAUCUCCUGUUUGGAAGGAGUUUAAGAAAGUAAAAGUGAAGAACAUGAUGAAGGCCAAGUGUAACUGGUGCUCAAAGAAGCUUGGAGGGGAAACAAGAAAUGGAACGAAGCAUCUCCUUGACCAUUUAAAGAUAUGUCCAUAUUGCAAGAGGCCUGCGGACACCAAGAAGCAAACUUCUUUGAGGUAUAGUUCGAAUGUACAAGGUGGGAAAGUUGCUGUAGAGAACUAUACUUUUGACCAGGAUGUUGCUAGAAAGGCUCUUGGUUCCAUGAUUCUUCUCCAUGACUAUCCUCUGUCAAUUGUUGAUCACAUUGGGUUUAGAAAAUUUGUUUCUGCACUCCAGCCAUUAUUUAAGAUGGUGAGAAGAAAUACUAUUAGGAGUGACAUCUUAGAUAGCUAUAAAAUUGAAAAGAAGAGGGCUAUCAACUACAUGGAGAAAAAUAAAAGCAGGGUGGCUAUCACUACAGAUAUGUGGACGUCUGAACAUCAGAAAAGAGGCUACAUGGCUAUCACAGCACAUUUCGUUGAUGAAUCCUGGAAGCUUUAG